CAAUCCCCAUAGUCUGUGCCUUUUGGUCUGAGUAGUUCUUGGUCUGUUAUUGCUUCAGAUCUAGAUCGAGCCAGCUUGCAUUUGGUCUCUGAGAUCUUGGGUGCAUCGUUUGGUCCUGGGGCGUUCAAUCAGUGGCACACCGCUCUCCCUGCAGAUCGACCGUCUAGAUCCUAAGUGAGGCAACUGCAAACAGUUCUUAUUUGGAGUACCUGGCUUCGCAGCAGCGAUGUGCUAGUCGGCCGUGGGCAUCCAGGAGCUGGUGGCUGGUAACAGAUUCACCUGCUCGUCCUUGGUAAACAGAGUUUUAGAAAGAUGUAAACGCCACCAAAGAGAUGGAACAGAUUCAGAUUUAAAAAGACAUCGAACCAAGGAGAACCAAAGAUCGUCGAGGUGAUGGAGGCCGUGAUGAGCGCCUCCCAGGGCGCCGUGCAGACCAUGUUGGGGAAGCUCAGUGGCGUCCUCGCCACAAAAUACGCGCUUCUCAGCGGUGUUCGUGGGGAGAUCGUGGAGCUCAAGGACGAGCUCGAGAGCAUGACCGGGUGCCUCCGUGACCUCGCCCACAAUGAAGAUCACAGUGAACAUACUAGAAUUUGGAUGAAACAAUUGAGGGAGGUCGCGUUUGAUGCGGAGGACUGUAUAGAGAAUUUCUGCAAUCACCUCACCAAGCACCAUGGAGACCACCAUGGACUCCUGCAACAGCUGUACGGUGUGUUCAACAUGCUGCGGACACUGAAGGUGCGGCACAAGGUGGCCACCGAUAUCCAGGCCCUCAAAUCUCGUGCCCAGAAAGUGAGCGAAAGGAGGCUCAGGUACAAUCCAGGCGAGUCGGCUGGUCGGUCGACCAAAGCGCUUGAUUCUUCUUCGUACAGCCACCUCGACAGCCUGCACCCCUUGCCGCCAGCAUUCCAUGGUCGCGGGUCCGGGCUAUUCGGGAUGAGCCACCUCGAUAACCUUGACCGCUGGCUGCCCGCAAUCCAUGUCGACGGGUCCGGGCUAGUCGGGAUGGGCAAGAUGACUGAUGCCGUGGUGGGGCUGCUCAAGAAGCCACGGCAGGCGGCGGGGAGUCCCCGAGUGCUGUCCAUAGUGGGGUUUGGUGGUCUCGGCAAGACCACCCUCGCGACGACCGUCUACAACACCCCAGAGUUGGGCGGUAUCCAGUGCCGUGCUUUCGUUCCGGUGUCCCAGACAUACGACGUCCGUUCUCUUCUCGAGUCCGUGCUGAAGCAGGUUUCGGCUUCAGCUGACAGUGAUAAAGAUGACUAUGCCCUCAGGAACAUUAAAGAUUGGGACAUGAGCGCACUAGUUGGUAAGAUCAAACAACGUUUGAAGCAUACCAGGUACCUGAUCGUUCUGGACAAUGUUUGGCGAGCAGCUGCAUUGGAUCAGCUAAAGGUAGCUUUUCCUCAUGAUAAUGGUGAAGAGGGCAGCAUAUUAAUCACCACACGCAGUCACGAGGUAGCGGAAGAUUGCAGCACCUCUUCCAAUGACCGUAUCUACGAAAUGAAGCCCUUACCGGCGGAUGAUUCACAGCAGCUAUUCUUCAAGACGGUGUUUGUCGACUCAGGGGAAUGCCCGACCGACUUGCAAGAGGUCUCCAAGGCCAUACUGGCAAGGUGCAACGGUCUGCCUCUAGCUAUAGUGAGCAUAGGACGAAUGCUAGCUCGGAGGCAAAACAAGACAUCGACAGAAUGGCAAACAACAUGUGAUAGGCUGGGUUCUGAACUAGAGACAAAACCCACUUUAGAGGGACUGAGACGGAUACUUUCUCUCAGCUACAAUGAUCUGCCAUACCAUCUGAAAGCAUGUUUCUUAUACCUGUGUGCUUUCCCAGAGGAUUUUGUGAUCAGAAGAGGCUCUCUGAUUAGACGGUGGGCAGCCGAAGGCUUGAUCAUUGGAAUGUAUGGCCGCAGUUUGGAAGAGAUUGGUCAGAUUUAUUUGUAUGAGUUUGUCAGUAGAAACAUCGUCAGCCUUGAACAGAUUGGCUGCAGUGGCAAGAUUAAGAGUUGUAAAGUCCAUGACAUCAUGCUAGAAGUUAUUACCGCCAAAUCUGUCAAGGAAAAUUUCAUCUCGUUCCUAGGGAGCAGUCAAUGCAACACAACAGCAGGCCAGGACAUGGUACGGCGGCUCUCCAUCAAUCCUGGUGGCGCUAAGGAGGUGAGAAGCUUUUCCAGUAAGUGCAUAGGCCAGACCCAUUCACUGACAAUUCUGGACUGCACUGAGAAACCUGUACCCAUCAAAUUUGCUGAGUUGACCCUUUUGAGGGUUUUAGAUCUUGAAGGAUGUGGAUGGUUAAGUACUAACAAAGAUCUCAAGGACAUUUGCAAACUGUCUCACCUGAGAUACCUCAGCCUUAGAAACACAGCCAUAUCCCAACUACCAAAUGCGGUAGGGAAACUUAAAGAAUUGGUGACAUUGGAUGUAAGGGAAACUUCUAUUGACGAAUUUCCCAAAGGCAUUACUCAGCUCCAAAAUCUGAAUCAUCUGCUUGUAGGCCAUUAUCAAUAUUACACAAGGACACGAAGUGUCAAGCGUUUUGGGUGGAAUGGUGGAGCGAAGGUACCACUUGGAUUAGGGAAUAUGGGUGCCCUGCAAAGAAUCUCUCAUGUAGACAUCUCUACAGAGAAAAGCUCCCGUGCAAUGCGUGAGCUGGGAAAAAUGUGUCAGUUAACCAGACUUUGUGUAAUCAACAGGAAGGAAGCAAAGUUUUGGGCACCCUUUGCUGAGUCUUUGAAACGGCUUAUGAACUCUCUUCACUAUCUAAUGGUUGUGGAUGGUUCAAAGGAAGGUGGGGAGCUAGAAUUUUUAGUGCGCAUGUGGGGUACCCCUGUGUUUCUGGAGAGCCUGCAUUUGGCUGGACGGCUAAGUAGGCUGCCCGAGUGGUUUAAUUGUCUUGACAAGUUGGCCAGUCUGUCGCUUCGAGAGACUCACCACUUGAUGGAGGAUUCCUUUGAGGUUCUAGGGAACCUCCCAAGUCUUGUUUCUCUCAAGCUAUACAUCAAGGGAUAUGCGGGGAGUGCCUUAUGUUUUGAAGAGGACAUGUUUCCCAGGCUGAAGCAAUUGGUCGUGGAUAAUCUGGAAAAUCUCGAGGAGCUCAGCUUCCGUGGGGGUGCACCUAAUCUUGAGAGGCUCACAUUGGCUUUCCUGAGGGUGCCCAGUAAAGGCAUUCAUGGCAUUGGAAAAGAAAAGCUGCCGCAGCAAAGGGAAGUUGAAUUCUUUGGUGGUGUUAUAGAUUCUAUAUUUGCUCAGGUGUUUGAGGCGGCCAAAGAAUAUCCAAAUCAUCUGAAAAUCACCAGGGACGAUCGACCUACUACUGAAGCUGCACAAGCAUGCGCCCAGCAAGUGAACAACACCGCAGGGGCGGGUAGCAGUGAACAGGAGUCAACUGACCAGCAGGUGGAUAUGCCUGCACUACGAUGCGCAGAAGAUGACGAGGCAGGGCCAUCUCAGAGUUGA